GUGGACAGGCCCUUCUACCUCGGCCGGCAAGAACUACGACGACGGCAGGCUUCGACCACUUCUUACGUGUUGCCCGAUAAAAGUGCUGCAAUGGCGAGCGCCAACGUCCUCCUCCUCCCGGAGUCCGGCUCGGGCCACCUCAUGUCGCUCAUCGAGGCCGGCAAGCGGCUGCUCGCCCACGGCGGAGACGGGCUCACCGUCACUGUGCUGAUCAUCCGGCCAGCCACGCCCGAGUCGGCCUCCCAGGUCGACUCGCACGUCAAGCGCGUCGCGGCAUCUGCCUGUGGGCUCGGCAUCCGGUUCCACCACCUCCCCGCCGUCGACCCGCCCACGGACUGCGCCGGCAACCUGCAGGAGUUCAAGUCCCGCUACAUGCAGCUGCACGCGCCCCACGUCAAGGCCGCCGUGUCGGACCUCGGCGCCGCGGCGCUCGUCAUAGACUUCUUCGCCACCGCCGUCAUCGACGUGGCGCACGAGCUCGCCGUGCCCACGUACGUCUACUUCACGUCCACGGCCGCGCUGCUCGCGCUCACUCUGCGCCUACCGGCGCUGGCCGUCGACUCCGACGCGUCCGACGACGGCACCGUGGACGUCCCCGGCAUGCCGCCGGUUCCCGCGGGGUCUGUUCCUGGGUUCCUGGGCGAUAAGAAGAGCCCUAACUACGCGUGGUUCGUGUACCACGGCCGUCGCUUCAUGGACGCCGACGGCAUCGUCAUUAACACGGUGGACGCGCUCGAGGCAGGACUCCUCGCCGCGAUAGCCGCAGGCCGGUGCGUGCCCGGACGACGCGCGCCGCCGCUGUACCCGAUCGGUCCGGUGAUCGACCACGCCGUCGAAGCGUCGAACGAGCCGUGCGUCCGGUGGCUCGACGCGCAGCCCCGGGCGUCGGUGGUGUUCCUUUGCUUCGGGAGCCUGGGAUGGUUCGAUAGAGCCAAGGCGCACGAGGUGGCCGCGGGGCUGGAGCGCAGCGGGCACCGCUUCCUGUGGACGCUGCGCGGCCCUCCGGCGGCCGGCUCGCGGCACCCGACGGACGCGAACCUGGACGAGCUCCUCCCGGAGGGGUUCCUGGAGCGGACGGAGGGUCGGGGCCUGGUGUGGCCGAGGCGCGCCCCGCAGAAGGAGAUACUGGCGCACGCCGCCGUGGGCUGCUUCGUGACGCACUGCGGGUGGAACUCGACGCUGGAGAGCAUGUGGCACGGCGUGCCGCUGGUGCCGUGGCCGCUGUACGCGGAGCAGCACCUGAACGCGUUCGAGCUCGCGUCCGUCGUGGGCGUGGCCGUGGCGAUGGAGGUGGACAGGGAGCGGGACAACUUCGUGGAGGCGGCGGAGCUUGAGCGGGCCGUGAGAUGCGUGAUGGGCGGCGGGUCGGGGGAGGAGGGUGCCAUGGCGAGGGAGAAGGCCAUGAAGAUGAAGGCCGCGUGCAGGCGGGCCGUGGAGGAGGGCGGCUCGUCCCACGCUGCGUUGCAGAGGCUGCGCCAUGCGAUUCGCAGCGGUGCAACGACGUGCAACGGCGCAGCGCCUCCCAAGGAGACGACGUCGUGAUCCGUCGCCGGCCGGGUUCCGGUUCCACUUCCACCGGUGGGCAUGCAGCUCCCCUUCUUUGAAUUUGCCUGCAGCUUUGGCUCUGGUUUGGUGAAGCCGUUCGAGUUCAUGGCGGAAGACCGUUGGAAUUCGUCAUUUCCAUAGGUUCCAUAAGAUUGCAAUGAUGACGGUAGAUCAAUCGAACCUUAUUGGAUCGAUUGUUUGCCCCCAAAUAGUAUAAAUUUCUUCAGGGUGGUCCGGGCACAUUGCAAUUUUUUUCCCAUAGAGGAAGAAGAUGGUGGCAGCGGGGAAGACACAUGUGACAGGUUGUCUCUCAAGUCUGAAGUUGCGCAGGAGCAGAACGGAACUUGCGCGAGCCAAAGGAACAGCUGGCAUGUUUCCAUGGGGUUGUUAGCAAAAGCAGCGGCAUAGGAAGUACGAGCCCAUUGUGAGCGGUUUGUCGUCAAGCCUGCCCGUGGAGACUGGAGACAUACAAAUUCAAGAUUAGGCUAGUCGGGAGUAACUUAGCUACUCCUUCUCUCCCAUAAUAUAAGAUGUUUUUCUGACACUACUUCCAUAAUAUAAGAUGUUUUUUGACACUACUUUAAAAAACGUCUUAUAUUAUGAGACGAAGGAAGUAGUAACAUAGCACAUUUUAAGAAUUUUUUUUUGCUUACGUGGCAUUUAGUUAAUGAGAUGUGGUAACAUAAUAUGUUAAUAUAACAUACCGCUUCUCGUAA